AUGGCAGGUGGACCAAUGCCCGAGGGUACGGUCAUCCAUUUCCCAGGCAACUCAUUCUACAAUGAUUUCACCUACACAACAGAGAGUCCUGGACCCAGUGAAACCAAAACCACAGUCUUUGUUAGAUUGCAAGUCAUUCGCCAACUGUCUGAUACGAUGCCUCCACCUCGUACCUACUUCUCCAUUCAGAUUCCAUCAAUUUCAUCAAUCAUAUAUGGAGUACUUGAGAUUCCUGUUGCCCUCUUUGCUGGAGAGUUCACAGACAAAGCCUUCUUUUUUCAACUUGAUGGACCAGCUGGCGCUGGAAAGUCAACAGUGAUGAAUGGAUUGUUCAACAUAUUCACUAUGAAUGGUAUUCUUUAUCCAUUUGUUUCGAGCAAGGACUUUACAGAACAUUGCACUAAGGCCUAUGGCUUCUUUCCCAUCCACGUGCAGCUGGCUAAUGAGGAGAAUGGAAGAAUGCCCUUACUCUACGAGGACAUUAUCAAUAGGGUCAGAGUGACAUUGGUGGAUAAACCUGGCUUCAGAAUAACCGACAAAGGUGAGAAACAGAACUAUAAUGACUUGGGAAUCUAUGUAUGUGAAUUGUCAUUAUUCAGGGAGGAAGAAAAUGAACUCUAUCGCAUGGUACGCAAUAAGCUACAACAAGUCACCCCCUAUGGUCAACAACCAUUGUUGGUAGUAACAAAGAUGGACCUUCAAACUGGAAGAGGUCUGGAGGAUCUGAAAGCCCGAGCGUUGAGUUUCCUAGCCGACGAGAACAAUAUCCACUUCUUGACCAACUACAUCAAUGGAACCACCACCCCAGACAUUGAGAAGAACCAUCAGUACUUCAAACUAUUGCUCAACAUCAAGAAGGAGGCUCUCAAAAGAGUGAACAAGAAGACUCUGCUUGAACAAACAGCGGGAUACAUCAACAACAGAUUUAACCUACCUGAGGAGAUUAAAUCGCCAGAUCCAUCUCCCCCUACUCCAACUCCACCCAAUGAUCACAUAGUGGUGUUGACUGUGGAGAUGCCUCUCGAGACAACCGAGUUGGAGAUUAGCUCAUCCAUGAACCUAGCAAAAGUACUAACAAAGAUUGGUGAAACUUUCAAUCUCGACAUGAAUGACUACUUCAUUAAGAGAAACAAUAGAGUACUGACCAUUCCUGAGAUGACUUUCAAAGAGGACUGUUUGAUCAAAAUGGUAAGGAGACCAUCAGCUGCCUAG